UUCAGUGCACUGAAGGUUCCUGAGCCAGUGGAUACACAAACUGCAAAAAUUGAUGCCCAAGAGCAGGAAUCUGCAAAGAGCUCUGCUGAAUACGUGCAGGCUUCCAAAGCUCGCAUUGCCCAGUAUGAGCAACAGCUUCAGAAGCUCCGAAGCAUGAUUCCCUUUGAACAGAUGACAUUUGAAGACUUGGCGGAAGUCUUCCCUGAAACCAAACUGGACAAGGAGAAAUAUCCGUACUGGCCCCACAAACCGAUUGCCGAUCUGUAA